AUGGCCUCGGCCACGGCCUCGGAUGAAAUUGUCUGGCAGGUGAUCAACCACCAGUUCUGCUCGUAUAAGCUCAAAACUACCAAAGGACAGAAUUUCUGCCGCAACGAAUACAAUGUCACUGGGCUGUGCAACCGCCAGUCAUGUCCGCUCGCCAAUUCUCGCUAUGCGACCGUGCGGUCGGAUCCCGAAACGGGCGUCAUGUACCUCUACAUGAAGACGAUUGAACGCUCACACAUGCCCAGCAAGUGGUGGGAGCGCAUCAGACUGUCGUCAAACUACGCCAAGGCCCUCGAGCAGAUCGACGAGCGGUUGAUAUACUGGCCGAAGUUCCUGAUCCACAAAUGCAAACAGCGUCUUACGCGGCUGACCCAGGUGGCCAUUCGAAUGAAGAAGAUCGCCAAGGAGGAAGAGCGAUUGGGAGAGAAGAUCGUGCCGAAGCUGGCGCCAAAGGUCAGGAGGAGAGAGGAGAAACGCGAACGCAAAGCAGAGGCCGCUGCCAAGGUCGAACGGGCCAUUGAGCGCGAACUGCUCGAGCGGUUGCGAAGCGGAGCCUACGGCGACCGGCCGCUGAACGUGGAGGAGAACAUAUGGAAAAAGGUUCUCCGCGGCUUGGAGAGAGAGGGAGAGGGCCAGAGAGACGAAGACCUCGACGACGGCGAGGAAUACGACGACGAAGAGGAAGAGGAGGAAGGUGUCGGCGAAGUGGAGUAUGUUAGCGACAUUGACGAGGAAGAAGAGGAUCUGGGUGACAUUGAAGACUGGCUGGGCGAUGAAUCAGCCGGCUCGAGCGAUGACUACGACGAGGACGAAAGCGACGACGAUGAGGAGGAGAGUGACGAAGGCAGCGACGAGUCUAGCGGAGACGAUGAAGAGGAAGAGAAGAAGAAGCCUGCUGCUGGGACUAAGCGGAAGCGCGCUGCACCGCCGCCCAAGCCGAGGAAGAAGGGCGCUCGGAUUGAGAUUGAAUACGAGACAGAGGGACCCGCGAAAGAGAGUAUUCUGGCGUGA